AAAACAGAAAUCGAAAAAGUGAAAUUUAGAGACUUUUAAUCAGCAUUACGGGAUAUUAGUUCAUUAAAAAAGUAGGAGGUUGGAGUGGCCCCAAACCGAAAAAGCGAAUGUUCCUGAAGAAAGUGAUGGUUGAAUAGAUGAGACAUUUCUGUCGGGGGCUGUUAGGGUAUCUAGUACCAAAUAAUAAAUUACCGCUACAUCAGUUGAGGGGUUUCUACAGCGUAUCAUUGAGCAAAAAAUAAGUAUAAUAUUAUACCCUCUGGGGUUGCUAUGACAAAUUACGGCGUUAAAAAGGUAUCCUAUUACCCCAUCUGCUAUUAUAUAUGCAUAUCUAAUAAUACGUGAUUAUAUCCAAAUAUUUGUAUCUAUAUAGAUUAAAAAACAUAAUUUAUAUAUGCCUGUUAAUAAUACCACGUCCUUUGUUUCAGGGAAAGAAGGUACAAGAAUAACGGGUGAGGGCGGGAGUAACUUUUUAGGAGGCUUAACAGUAAGGCAGCGCCUUCUGCAUUUCAGCCCAGGCGAAAUCCCCUGCACGGGAGCCUCGCCUUCUGCACUUCAGCCCAGGCGAAAUCCCCUGCAGGGGAGCCCCGCCUUCUGCACUUCAGCCCAGGCGAAAUCCCCUGCAGGGGAGCCCCGCCUUCUGCAUUUCAGCCCAGGCGAAAUCCCCUGCACGGGAGCCUCGCCUUCUGCAUUUCAGCCCAGGCGAAAUCACCUGCACGGGAGCCUCGCCUUCUGCAUUUCAGCCCAGGCGAAAUCACCUGCACGGGAGCCGCGCCAGCGGGCAAGGAGAAUUACGCUCAAGGACUCUACAGAUGCUCUUGUGCGUAUCUGGAACGAACAAGCCGUGGCAGAGAGAUAUGUAAAACACUCUUCCAGCCCAGACUUCACACAGCCCCCCUCCUUUGAGACUGAUGUCAGAGGUGAAGAAACAGAUUCACACACAUAAAGUGACUUGCCCAAGGUCAGACAGCUUGUAAGUUUCCAAGUCAGGAACUGAACCCAAGUCUUUCAUCGUCAAGUCCAUGGCUUUUUCUGCAAUGCACUGAAGGGUGAGUCGGGUUGGGAUCGAUAAGGAAAAACAAGGAGAAUAUUUUAUGUGUGGGAAGUAGGAUUAAUAUUUUAUUAUUACAUUUAUCUAAUCGGCUCCUGAGAGCCAGCCUCUGUCCCCAGAUGAGAAGCUGCUGUCAAUCCUUCAGCUCUUAAAAUAUCUGGGUCAGUGAGAAGAGGAUCACAAGGUCUCCUUGUGAUUAUUUUUAACUUACAAAAGAGAAAAAAAAUCCUUUAAAGAAAAGGAAAGGAUGAAAAUUAAAAAUAAUAUGAGAAAUUUUACCAGCUGAAUUCAAAGGGGAAACAUUCGAUAGGAACAGCUGGGUUAUUGACCUGACUUGGAGCCUGCAGGGAGCAGUCCCUGGUGGGUCACAGUGGUUCCUGGCCCCACCAGAACUGAGAAGGGUGGCCUGGAAUCUACAUCAGAAAGUGGGCCUGGGACACAGCAGAAACUGAAGGCAGGGGCUGGUACCACUUCCUCCUACCUGCCUUUAAAAUGGCAUUGCCCUUGAUCCUUUCUUCAGAGAAGAAAGGGGGAAAGACAUUCAGGGAACCUGUUCCAGCUUCUACCACCAGCUUUUGCAAUUUCAGAACAAAGGGAAAAACAGGGGAAUCUUUUAAGCAAUUGCCCUGUGUUAUAGGAAAGUGGCACCAAUUGACAUGUGAAUGCUCUUCUUAUGAGAGAUAUUCUGAGUGCUGCUUGAUGUUUUUUUGAGACAGAUCAGCAGUAAUGCAAACCCCCUGCCCAGCUUUCCCAUCAACUCAAAGAUACCAGGAAUGAGGAAGCUGUAAGUGCCAGAAAAUAUGUCUCCCAGGACCUCUGAGGGAGAGGUUUCUGCAAAGCGACCCACUGUGUCAUGUUUCAAAGACAGCAGAGAAAAACAGGCUUCUCUAGGGUCCAAGGCAACACUGGAUCCCCUGCAGGAAAAAAUGUGCCAGAUACAGGCUUGAAGUCUAAGGAAUCCACUCCCUGGUUGUGUCUCUAACCAAGGGCCCUUGUCAUAGCCAGUGUUCCCUAAAUGUUGAACAUCACUGAAAGAUAAGAUUA